GUCCCUGGCACUGUGCCAGGCCUGAGUCAUGCUGCUUACUGCCUUCCUCCCCAGCUCUCGCUCACCUCUGCACUGCGGGUGGAGGGAGACCCGCCCUGGCAGCCGCUGCUGCUUGUGGCCUUGGGCAGGCUUGAGCAGAGGGGCUGGGGCUGCUUGUCCUUACCCCACCCUGGUGGGGCCUCCCUCCCUCUCCCCUGAGUCCAGUUAAUUAUAACUCUGACCUAAGUACCCUGUGACGCCACGCUCGGGCCAGCUCUGCCCACGAGACCCAGCAACCAGGUCCAUGCCUCAGCCAUGCUCUGUGCUGAGGUGUCCCCAUCCCGCCCGGGCCCCUCAACGCUGCUUCUGCUGCAGCUGCUCCUGCCCCCCACAUCUGCCUUCUUCCCCAACAUCUGGAGCCUGCUGGCUGCCCCCGGCUCCAUCACCCACCAGGACCUGACCGAGGAUGCAGCGCUCAAUGUCACCCUGCAGCUCUUCCUGGAGCAGCCGCCCCCAGGAAGCCCCUCCCUGCGUCUUGAGGACUUCCUGGGCCGAACUCUCCUUGCCGAUGACCUCUUUGCCGCCUACUUUGGACCUGGGUUUUCUUCCCGGCGCUUCCGAGCAGCCUUAGGUGAGGUAUCUCGUGCCAAUGCAGCCCAGGACUUCCUGUCGACUUCCAAGAAUGACCCUGACCUGCACUUUGAUGCUGAGCGACUGGGCCAGGGACGCACACGCCUGGUGGGAGCUCUGCGAGAGACCCUGGUAGCAGCCAGAGCUCUUGACCACAGCCUGGCUCGCCAGCGCCUUGGGGCUGCACUUCAUGCCUUGCAGGAUUUCUACAGUCACAGCAACUGGGUGGAACUGGGUGAGCAGCAGCCACACCCUCACCUCCUCUGGCCCAGGCCCGAGCUCCAGAGCCUGGCACAAGUGAGUGAUCCUACUUGCUCCGAUUGUGAAGAGUUGAGCUGCCCUAGGAAUUGGCUGGGCUUCACACUGCUCACCUCUGGCUACUUUGGAACUCAUCCCCCAAAACCUCCAGGGAAAUGUAGCCACGGUGGCCAUUUUGACCGGAGCAGCUCUCACCCACCCCGGGGAGGCAUCAACAAGGACAGCACAUCCCCAGGUUUCUCCCCCCACCACAUGCUACACCCUCAGGCUGCAAAGCUGGCCCUUCUAGCCUCCAUCCAGGCCUUCAGCCUGCUACGAAGCCGCCUAGGAGACAGGGAUUUCUCCAGGCUGCUGGACAUCACCCCAGCCUCCAGCCUGAGCUUUGUCCUAGACACCACAGGCAGUAUGGGCGAAGAGAUCAAUGCUGCCAAAAUCCAGGCACGCCACAUUGUCGAGCAGCGGCGGGGCAGUCCCAUGGAGCCUACCUACUACAUCCUGGUGCCUUUCCAUGACCCAGGGUUCGGCCCUGUCUAUAAGACCAGUGACCCUGACAGCUUCUGGCAACAACUCAAUGAGAUCCAUGCCUUGGGGGGUGGAGACGAGCCUGAGAUGUGCCUGUCAGCCCUAGAGUUGGCCCUGCUGCAUACACCUCCACUCUCAGACAUCUUUGUCUUCACGGAUGCCUCCCCCAAAGAUGCCUUUCUCACCAACCGGGUGGAAUCCCUGACUCAGGAGCGGCGCUGCAGGGUAACAUUCCUGGUGACUGAAGACCCAUCAAGUGUUCAGAGCCGAGCUCGGCGUGAGGUGUCCUCUCUGCGUUUUGAGCCAUACAAAGAGGUGGCCCGAGCCUCAGGAGGAGAGGUGAUCUUCACCAAAGACCAGCACAUUCAGGAUGUGGCAGCUGUUGUUGGGGAGAGCAUGGCUGCCCUGGUGACUCUUCCCCUGGACCCUCCUGUUAUGGUGCCUGGGAGACCCCUUGUGUUCAGUGUGGAUGGGCUGCUUCGGAAGGUCACAAUUCGUAUCCAUGGGGAGAUCAACAACUUUUGGAUCAAGAACCCGGCAGGGAUCUCCCAGGGCCAGGAGGAAGGCAUGGGUCCUCUAGGUUACACUCGCCGCUUUGGGCAGUUCUGGACCGUGACUGUGAUUGACCCCCCUCAGACAGGAACCUGGGAGAUCCAGGUCACAGCUGAGGGUACCCCCCGGGUGAGAGUGCAAGCCCAGACCUCCCUGGACUUCCUCUUCCAUUUUGGAAUCUCUGUGGAGGAUGGACCCCACCCUGGCCUUUACCCCCUGACUCAGCCAGUUGCAGGUCUCCAAACCCAGCUGCUGGUUGAAGUGACAGGGUUGGGUUCCAGAGGCAACUCUGGGGAUCCCUGGCCGUAUUUCUCCCAUGUCAUCCUUCGAGGGGUAUCGGAGGGUACCGAACUGGGCCGAGUACCUUUGGAGCCCGUGGGACCUCCAGAGCGAGGUCUCCUGGUGGCCUCUCUACCGCCUAUGCUGUUAUCCACCCCUGGACCCUUCUCCCUGGAGCUGCUUGGCCAGGAUGGAGAGGGGCGGCAUCUGCACAGGACAGCCCCUCAGCCUUGCAAGGUAGCGCCUGUGCUUCUGGAGCUCAGUGGCCCCCAGAGUUUCUUGACCCCGGGCAGCAGGGUUCCGCUCAGUCUCCACAUCGCCAGCUUCUCGGGCCCUCAGGAUCUUGACCUUAGGACAUCUGUGAAUCCCAGCUUUGCCCUCACCUCCAACCUAUCCAAGGCUCACCUGGAACAGAAUGAGUCUGCCUGGGGCCGCCUGUGGCUGGAGGUCCCGAACUCAGCCGCCUCGAACUCCGUGGUGAUGGUGACUGUGACUGCAACAGGUCAAGAAGGCAGCCCAGUACCCCCGACCCAUGUUUUCCUGCGCCUCCUGGUGCUGGCCCCAGCCCCGCAGGACCAGCUCGCUGUCCCUGCCCACUCAUCUGGCCCUGUCCUCACCACACCCACCCCUGUCUUUUGCUCUGUCACUUUGGUGACUCAGGACAGGGCUGAGAGAGGGCUGGCUGGCAACCCCUGCUGGGGCACAGUUGGAGGAGUGCUGCUCCUGCUAGGCCUGGCCUCCUGGUGAUGCAACAGCCCCUGGAGGGAUAGGUCUCUCCUAUUUUCAAUCUGCCUUAUUGGUAAGGUCACAUGGGACCUUGGGGGCUUAUCUCUCCUAGCCAAGAUGGAAAUUUUCCUUCUCAUGCACUUGUCCCUUGCCUUUCUUAAAACUGUAAGAUUGAGAUAGAGGGCAGAGGAUUUUCCCACAAUGCAUUUUCCCUAACCCUAUGGGAAACAAACCAAAGGAAUUUUUGGAAAAAUUUCUUUUCUUUUUUUUUUUUUUUCAGUUUUUGGCUGGAGCUGGGUUUGAACCCACCACCUACAGCAUAUGGGGCCAGUGCCUUAUUCCUUUGAGCCACAGGCACCGCCCGGAAAAAUUUAUUUUCAAUUUCUCUGUAGCAUCUUUAUUCCACUAACUAUUGAUGCUUUCCCAGGCUCAGGUAGAGAAGAAGAUAUCAAGGAGGAGAUGAGGUUUGGGAGUAGAGUAGGAAGGUACCAGAAAGUGUUAUUUAUAGAUUGUUUUUAUUUUAAAUUCUGGAGAAGCUUCUGUUUUAUUUUUAUAUUUAAGGCUUAAGAACAGUUUCAAUAAACAUGUCUUCUUCCCAGAGGGAUUUCAAAGAGAGAUAAUUUUUGCACAUCAUAUAGGGCAUGACACACCAAGAAUAUGAAAGGAAAGUUUUCAGGAGCAGAGGAAACUUUACACCAAGAUGUCUGAACUUCAUGGACCCACUACCUGGAGCCAUUUAGCUGCUGAGUUAAGAAACAGAAUAAGGAGGCUGGAGGUUUGACUCAGCGUCCUCGUUCACCAGACUAAGGGGAGUGAGGAGGGUUCAGACACAGGUAGGGCCCUUUUGUCCCUUGGGGCAUCUCAGUUGAGCCUUCUCCCCUUUUGGGUGGCUGACUCCUUUCUGCUGCCUUGACAACUCCUGGAGAAGAGGAGAGAAAUGAGCUGGGUAUCUAUGCCCCUCCCUUCCUUGUGGGGUGGGGGCUCUGCUCUCCCCUUACACCUGUAUGGUUUACCUGUUGCUGCCAUAAGUUCUGCUUCCAUGGCCUUUCCUUCCAAUCCUGGGGAGCACAGGAACUAGUCUUGUUCAGGGGACAUGAGGAGAACUGGGGGGAGAUUCGCUGUGUUUUCUGCUAAACCGAUGCUGACCCCAACAUUCCCCUCAAUAGUUGCACUUCCCAAACAUCUGAACCAAAGACAAUAAACUCACCUUCCCCUGAAUCAGAUUCUGCAAACAGAUGUUCACCUUUUGAAUCUGGGCUAACUGGGGACCACCAGGAUCUGGGUGUAAAUCUGUUAGAAAAUUCUAAAGGAGGAGUUGGAUGCUGAUAACAUAGUAAAAACCUGAGAUCCAUCAGUGUAGCCUGGCUUAUUGUACCCUCAAUGAAUCCCCAACAAUAAAAAAAAAAACAAAAAAAACCUGAGGUCCACCUGC